GGCACCUGAAAACCUCGAUUAUACUCGGAUCCGUUACUACGACACUGGGGCCUAACGUCGUUUCCAGGCACAGAUCUCGUAUACUCGUAUACUUGUUAAAUUAUCUUUUGCAUCCACUUGGUAUUCAGCUUGUCACUUGCUGCCAACAAUUUCUUUACAUCCGACUCCUUUGUGUAAGACCGACUGCCAACUUCUUCCGCUCGUCAUCUUGUUGCACACACAUUCUGCUCCGUCUCAUCUUGCCCUAUCUUGUUUAUUUUGCUGUCCGAAAAUAAAAUUUCUUAAAUCCAACCGGUACUACGACACAAAAUGACGAGCUGCAUUGGUGGUUUCCGCGCCUUUACGGCAAGAUUACAAAAACUCAUUGGUGUCAAGUCCUCUAAACCGGUUUCUGAGAAACCGGCGCUGCAGAUUUCAGCACCGUUCAACUUCAAGCACGAGACGCUCUCAUUGCCGGGUGUGUCGGAAGAUGAGAUCGCCAUACUGAAGGAGCAAGCAGCCUCAUCCCGCUUUGGAACCGCCGACUCGUCGUCCUUCGGCACUCCGCGCAGGGCCCCGCCUCCGCCUUCGUCGUUACGUCCCGUCACGCCUGUGCUGAAGGUGACGCCAAGCACCCCUAUCACCCCUAUCGAAAACCUCAUCUAAAGCUAGAUGAGGGAUUUCUUCUCUAGGUCAUUUUUUCGAAAUGGAGGGAAUAGAUAUCAGACGUGACUGUAGCUUUUACUAUCUGCCUCGUAGCGGAGAGCAUUGUACGGCUUUAUACUAUGCGCGGGUCUCUUAGCUUCCUCGACACUUCACAUAAUAGGCGGUCACCCG